AUGGUUGCAGCACGCCCAUCCAAGCUUUUCCUGCUCGCUCUGGGCCUCCUCCUCUACAUCUCCACAGUCCAAGCUGCCGGCAAAAUCUACAACCAAUCCCCCUGGACCCUCAGAUACACAACCAACCCAUCUCCAAACAACGGCUGCAGCUCCUGCUGCUACUUCUGGAACUGGAACAACGCCUCCCCCCGCGGGCAGAUGUGCAGCUGCACCCAGGUGAACCUCGGCUCCAAAGGGUCCAAGACCAACGCCGACGUCGACGGCUUCUGCUACGCGGACCGCGACUACUACUACCGCGGCACGCGGAUUACGAGGGGCCAGUGGUCGAAGUUCGCCGAUACGCAGAGCGUGAGGUGUGUGAGCAAAGGCGGAGUGCCGCGCUGCUGCGUGACUGGUGAUCCGGAGUCGUAUGGUUGCUGUUGGGGAGUGGCACCGGGGCCGAAUGGUAUCGUGUGUUGA